CCCCCCCCCCCCCCCCCCGCCGCCGCCCGCCGCCCGCCGCCCGCCGCCCGCCGCCUGGGCCGGGCCGAGGAUGCGGCGCAGCGCCUCGGCGGCCAGGCUCGCUCCCCUCCAGCCCGCUUGCUAACUUCCCUGGCUCCGUCCCUGUCCGCCCGCGGGGCCGCCCCGUCUCCCCGCGCCCUCCGGGUCGGGUCCUCCAGGCGCGCCGGGCGCUGUCGCCCCGUGUCCCUGCUCUCAGUCUGCGCGCCCGUUCUUCCCUCCCACGCCCCGCGCCCGCGCCCCGUCCUAGCCCGGUCAUGCUGCCCCUCUGCCUCGUGGCCGCGCUGCUGCUGGCCGCCGGGCCCGGGCCGAGCCUUGGCGACGAAGCCAUCCACUGCCCGCCCUGCUCCGAGGAGAAGCUGGCGCGCUGCCGCCCCCCCGUGGGCUGCGAGGAGCUGGUGCGGGAGCCGGGCUGCGGCUGUUGCGCCACUUGCGCCCUGGGCAAGGGGAUGCCCUGCGGGGUGUAUACCCCCCGCUGCGGCUCGGGCCUGCGCUGCUACCCGCCCCGGGGUGUGGAGAAGCCCCUGCACACGCUGAUGCACGGGCAAGGCGUGUGCAUGGAGCUGGCGGAGAUCGAGGCCAUCCAGGAAAGCCUGCAGCCCUCUGGUAAGGUGCCCCUGCCCUUGCAUGCCCUCCUCGGUGUGCUCCGCUCCUAGAAGCCCUUUCCCCAUUCGGGCUGGCCUGGAAAGCCCUUGAAAAUCUCCAGUGAGUUAAGAAGGCGGGUACCUGGCAGGGCUGGGCUGGCAUAGGACAGGCUCACCUAAGGAAACUGCUGUUGAGUCCCUAGCAGGCUGUCGCGCCCAGCAAAGAAGACUCUGUCCCAGCCCUUCAUCUCCAACCUCCUCAAGGGUGCCUAUUUGGGAGGAGAGGUCUCAAUGGUUGUCCCGGCUGCUGGGGUAACAGUGGAACAUUAUGUGACUGUGACUCGGUCCAGCCACCCAGCCUGCAAGUGAGCGGCCUAGGGCCAGAUAACUAGAGGAUGGGUUGGGCGGUGGUGGUGGCUUUCUGUUCCUGAUCCAGGGACUUCCCUCAUCCUGGCCACAGGUGAAAGCCCAGGGGUCUAAGAAGCCAGGGCGUGGCCUUUUGACAUCCAGGUGGGGUGGAGUGGGACAUCCAAAUUAGAGGGGCUUUGGUGGUGAGGGGCAUCAGAGUUGCCCCUCCCUAACGCCCCUGGGCAGCUCACCUUGCUGUUUGAGAGGUAUUGGGAAGACAGAGGUCUCUCUGCCAGGCCUGGGCACCUCAUCUUGCUCUGGUACACAGGCACCCCGUUCCUCUCUCCUGGCAGGUGUCGUCUGAGGUAGCAGAAGAGAAGCGAGUCUUGGCUCCCAGCCCAGAGCUGUAGAAACCUAACGGGUGUGGGAUAGGGAGUAGAGAGAAGGGAGAGGGAGGGUGGGGGGGGGGGCGGGGAGGAAGAGCGGGAGAGAGAGAGAGGGAGAGAGGUUUAGAGGGCCCUUUGCCCUAAACUCAUUCUUACACUUUCUCCUUUUCCGUUUCUUAGCGAGCCUCUCUCAGUUUCUCCUUAUAAUCGUUCUCAGUCUUUCCUUCUCUCUUAUUCUUUUGUUAUCUCCUGCUCUGCCUCUGUCUCUAGUUUCACGACCAACAUUCCCGAGUUCUCCUUUCCUCAAUGACUUCCGCCUGUUAUCAGUUUCUCUUUCUCUGUCUUGUUCCCUUUCUGCUUCUCUUUGUCCUCCGCCCCUUUCUGUUGCUUUCUCUCCGUGUCUCUAUCACUGUUUCUCUUUCUUUGUUCCUGCCUUUCUCUGUUACUUUUGGAAUCUCUCUCUCUCUGUCUGCCUUUCUGUAUUUCUGCCUCUGUUUCUGGUUCCCUCUCUGACUGAUUUGUUCUCCCUCUGCCUCUGUCUGUGUCUGUCUCUUUUCCUGGUGCUUGAAGCUUCCAUUGUUGCAGUCCGGAUGCUGGGACUCCGGCCCCAAGCUUCCUGCCCUGGGUCCCAGACCGCUCCACUUCCUCAAUCCUCUGCAGCUUGUUAGCGGAGGAAAGCAGGAUGCAGGGAAAACAGGAAGGAGGUGGACCCCAGGGGUCUGGGCCUCAGGCCUCUCUGCCCUUCCUGUCCCUAGGCAGUGAGAGAUGGGUCAGCAGAAAACAUACUAGGAGAAAUGCCAGCCUGGCACCCGGCACAUCUGGGAAGCGGGGGUGGGGUGGGGGGAUGUCCUGAGGGAGUAAGGCACUGAUCCUGGGGCACAGAUGCCGGUGCCAGUGGGAAAGGAGGGGUACUCGUACCAGACCAGAUUGUGAGUGAGGGCUGAGCUCCUGGGCUGAGUAUAAUGGGAUCUCUUUCCCUUUCUAUCUGCAUCCUCCACCGGCCAGUGGAUAUGUACCAGUUUAGGAUGGCUGGUAGCCUCCUCUUCUCUCGCUGACUUGAACAUGGGGCAGAAGAGCCCUUAGAUGGUCUCGAGCACCCCUUCCCCCCUGGCCGGGUAGGAGCUCCCUAUCCUGUAGUGGAGGAAAAUCUAAUCCCAUUGGGAUAGGGGCUCUGGGGGAAAUGGUAUGAAGUGUGUGAUUGUCCUGUGGACAUCAUGCAAAUCGGCCUUUACAUCCCCUUGGGAUUACAGGUCCCAGGUCUCUAAUGCCCUCCCCCCACCCCCCGCCCUCCUUGCCUGUCCUCCACCCAUGCAGGGCAUGCAGAGAUCUGGAGAGGGGAAAGGGCAAUCCUGGAGGACCCUGGGGAAACUAGGUACCGACUUGGCAAGCUGUGUCCAUGCCUCCUAAUCAUCACAGAAGGACUCCCUGCACCAUGUGAAAGGCGCCCCCUAGAGUUGUGCAACAGCCCUGCAGGGUCUCUGGUGAGAAAAGAUGGCCAGAGCUUGGGACUGAUCCCCACUAUUCUCUCUAGCCUUCCACUGUCAAUAGGCCACUGUCCCUCCUAUGUCCCAAGGCUUGGGCCUUCUUGCCUUGGGAAUAGUUCGGCAGAGGGCAUCAGGCCCCUCUUUCUGCUUUUUCCUCUUGGGGCUAAGCUUCAGCAGGUGACUGGGGGAGGGCAGCCACUUGGCAUACCCCUUCCCUUGGCCUGCUAUGCCCAGCUGCCUACUAUUUGCCCCAGGAGUGGGUCUCCUUCUUCCAUUUUAAGCCUCUACCCCCCUAAGCUCCCCAUAGCCCUCCUGUCUCAGCUUUCCGAGCCAGAAAAGGUUGUGGAUUAACACUGCUCAGGCCCCCAGAGGUGGGGGCAGGGUGGGACGUGUGCGUCAGAGGUCCACAAUUCUGCAUCAGUGUACUGACCCUUGACUCAUGGAAUCUGGGGGAGUGGACAGUGGGAAGAUCAGCGUUUGGACUGGGGAGCUCCUAAACUGUGCUCUUGGGUCCCUCUGGGACAGGGUUAGGGAACAGACAGACUGGGUUAAUUUUUAGUCAACGCAGCAAAUAUUGUCCCCUUUACUUCAAUACUGGGAAUCCAGUCAUGUCAUGGGAACAGGGCCUUCCCAGAAAUUCUGUGCCUUGGGGGAGGUGGGAGGAGGAGCAUGGCUGCUUAACAUUUUUUCUUUAGUAUUGGCAAAGCCGGAAUUAUUGGUGCCUCGGGUAUCAGGAGUCUUUCCAUUUAAAGACAUAGGAGCUGCAGGGAUAAGUCUGUCCUCCUUUGCCCCCACCCAGUCUACUGCAUUUCCUCAUCUGUAAAAUGGAGGUGACACAGGACUUGCCUCAUAGGCUUGGGGCGUCUGGCAUGGUGUAAGAGCUCAGUCAAUUGGAGCCAUGCUGAGGAUGGUAAUGAAUAAGAGGCUGAGAGGGUUUCGGUUGACACUUCGAUCCUUCUCUGAUGCUGGGGCUUUGGGGGCACAGUAGGGCAAGUGAGCAAAGUAGGGGAGCAUUCAGAGGAGUUGAGAGGUGUAGGGAGGAACUUCGGUGCUUUUUGCUGCUGUGAACAUGGAAAGGAUGGGCCCGGUUUCCUUCAGUCUGAGGCUGGCAGCUUGCACAGCGGUGAGGGGAUGCCCCGAGGGCCAGACCUCGAAGAAAGGGUGGGGUACUUGGCAUGGGUGAUCUUGGCUUCUCUAGGCAGAGUCCAGGGCGAAGGAAAAGGCCUUUCUUGCAGGGCAGGUGAUCCUCCAAAUUGUGGCUGAAACACCGGUGUCGGGGUGGCUGGGCCCACCCACCUCACAGCCUCACCCUGGGUGUCUUGAAGGGGACGUGGCUGGAAUUGAGGAGGAAUCAGGGGGAUGAAACCGGGCUGCCAGAAAGAGGAAAUCCUGUAGCUUUGACCAUGAACUUUUCAGCCAGUGGUGCCAAAGCUGUGAAGUCUUUCCUCUCUCUGGGCUCCUUCAGUUGCUGGAGCGAAGACCAAGGUUUCCCCUGUGGCUGAGUGUUGUUGGCUUGGCUCCAAGCAGGGGCUGGAGGAGAUGACCUGGCCUACCUUGGAAGUCCUGCCUCCUAAAUAAGCCUCCGGAGGUCAGAAGGUCAAAUCUUUCGGGGCAGGGGUGGCUAGGUCUGACUCUGGCUCCUGCUCAGAGGGGAUCCCACAGGGAUUGGGGUUUUUCCGGAGGGCCCCACCUGGGUGAGCAGUACCAGGUGGCUGGAUUUCCUGAGUAAGCUGGGAAGUAGCAAGUAUGUAACCAGCUUUGGAGAUGGGAAGGUUAACAUUUUCAGAGACCCAAGGCUACGACCCUCACCCUCCCAAACCCAGUGCCUAGGGCUGGAUCCUGGGGUCGAUCCUCAGUAUGCCUAUUAAGCAAGGCUGGGCAAGGAAAAGUUACAGAUUAAGUGGAAAGUCAACAGGCUAUGGUGCAGGCAACGUGCCCUGCCCUGGGUCUGUGUCUGCCCAGGGCAGGGUCAGAGUGCCCCAGUGCAUGUGGGGGUGCACGUGUGGACCCGUGUGUGCCUGGACACGUGACUGUUUGUAUAUGCUUGUGGUUCCUAAGUCCUGACCUGUCUGUGUCUGAGUGGGCGGCUAUGGAUAUACGGUGUGUCCCUAUGAGAUUAAGGAAGCAACUACUCUCCCUAUCUGGUGUGUUCUUCUUUGAGCUUAGACACAAGCUGGGGACAGACCCAGACCAGACCUGGCAGAGCAGCUGGG